CUUUUGGGCAGCAGUGAGCUUGCUAGGAAGCGGCGGGGCUGGUGGUGGUGGUAGCAGCGGAGGCAGCGGCGGCAGAGGCAGCGGCGGCAGAAGCGGCGGCGGUGGCGGCGGUGGUGGCAGAUCGGGGGGCGGGGGGGUGGCGGGCGCGCGUCUGUUUGUAAGAUCAGUACUGAGGCCGCGUCCGACCCCCUACAGCCGAGACCCCCCCCGAGCCCAGCCCCCAUCCCACCCCCCGCACACGCCCCACCCCCCACGACCCAGCCUCACACAGCACCAGCUGAGGCACCCAAGAGGAUUACCCCUUUUGCCCCCCUCCCACCCACCCCCCAAAAAAGAGAAGAUCCCCUCCCCUGGCCCACCCCUUCCCCUCUUCCCUCCCCCCUCCCCCCGAACUUUCCCUCUCGCAUGCUUUUCCCCUGCACCACGGAUCGCCUCUCGGAUGCCGCUUGCCUGGAAGCUGCGUUAGGAGCAAGCGGCGGCGGCGGCGGCGGCGGCGGUGGCGGUGGCGGCGGCGGCAGCUCGGGAGUGCUAUGACCGGCAAACUCGCCGAGAAGCUGCCGGUGACCAUGAGCAGUUUGCUAAACCAACUGCCUGACAAUUUGUACCCCGAGGAGAUCCCCAGCGCGCUCAACCUCUUCUCCGGCAGCAGCGACUCGGUAGCCCAUUACAAUCAGAUGGCUACAGAGAAUGUGAUGGACAUCGGUCUGACCAACGAGAAGCCCAACCCGGAACUCUCUUACUCUGGCUCCUUCCAGCCAGCCCCCGGCAACAAGACCGUGACCUACUUGGGAAAGUUCGCUUUCGACUCCCCUUCCAAUUGGUGCCAGGACAACAUUAUUAGCCUCAUGAGCGCCGGUAUCUUGGGGGUGCCCCCGGCCUCAGGGGCGCUCAGCACGCAGACAUCCACCGCCAGCAUGGUGCAGCCGCCGCAGGGAGAGGUGGAGGCCAUGUAUCCGGCGUUACCCCCCUAUUCCAACUGCGGAGAUCUCUACUCGGAGCCCGUAUCUUUCCACGAUCCCCAGGGCAACCCGGGGCUUGCCUAUUCCCCCCAGGAUUACCAAUCGGCCAAGCCGGCCUUGGACAGCAAUCUCUUCCCCAUGAUUCCUGACUACAACCUGUACCACCACCCCAACGACAUGGGCUCCAUUCCGGAGCACAAGCCCUUCCAGGGCAUGGACCCCAUCCGGGUCAACCCGCCCCCUAUUACCCCUCUGGAGACCAUCAAGGCGUUCAAAGACAAGCAGAUCCACCCGGGCUUCGGUAGCCUGCCCCAGCCGCCGCUCACGCUCAAGCCCAUUCGGCCCCGCAAGUACCCCAACCGGCCUAGCAAGACCCCGCUCCAUGAGCGGCCUCAUGCGUGCCCGGCGGAGGGCUGCGACCGCCGCUUCAGCCGCUCGGACGAGCUGACCCGGCAUCUGCGCAUCCACACGGGCCACAAGCCCUUCCAGUGCCGGAUCUGCAUGCGGAGCUUCAGCCGCAGCGACCACCUCACCACUCAUAUCCGCACGCAUACGGGCGAGAAGCCCUUUGCCUGCGAGUUCUGCGGGCGCAAGUUUGCGCGCAGCGACGAGCGCAAGCGCCACGCCAAGAUCCACCUCAAGCAAAAGGAGAAGAAGGCGGAGAAGGGGGGUGCGCCCUCCGCGUCCUCGGCGCCCACCGUGUCGCUGGCCCCCGUGGUCACCACCUGCGCUUGAGGCUCGGGCCCCCAGAUCCCCUCUUUUCCCCUCCAGUGCCUCCCGCUGCUCGCCUGAAGGCAGCGGGAAAGCCAGCCACGGAGGCUCAGGGGCCGCGCCCUGGCCUCUCCAUGGACGUGCGGCCCUUUGCACCCCUUCGAUGCCCCUCAUUCCCAUCCUUUCACACCGGCCAGCGGUCGGGGGCCAGGCUGGAAGCGCCUUCCCCUCGCUGUCCCCCACUUAGCCAAGGCGUGGGGGCGGAAAGGUGGCGUCUAGCCCGCUUUGUUCAAUUGGGAUCGCCUUGAUCCAGGGGCCGCUGGGCUGCGCCAAGGACCUGCGGGGGACUGAAGGCGGGGCCCACCCAACCCUCGCCCGACCCAAGCACCUCACUGAUUCCCCCGUGUCUCUAUCUUCCCCCUCGAAGACCCGAGAGGGGGUGGGGGUAUGGAGCGCACCAAAGCGCAGAGCUUGCUGCCCGCCGCACGCACGCGCGCCUGCGUGCGGGGAUGCGCGCGAGUGUGUGCGUGCUCGCGUGUGUGUGUAUGUGUGUAUGUAUGUGUGUGCGCGCGCGCGCGCGUGUGUGUGUGAGACUCUUGAGCUGAAUUGGGCUGUGUCUACCCCAAACUCUUCCCCACAUCGGGUCUCCAAAGCCGCUCGGGGAUGUCCCAGGCUGGGGGCCUGCACGUGGCCGGAGGAGAUGGUCUUCCAUCUGCUCCGAAAUAAUGUUUCUUACAGAAAUGCCUCGGAUGCCGCCGCCGCGGUGCUGCUGCAGCCGCUUAGGGUUUGGCCCUCAGAACCCCUCCUUUUCCGAGCGCUUCCUUCUUAGGCCUCAGGGCAGUUUGAUCUGCGGGGAGAAAGAGCAGCCAUCACUGAGCCUGCCUUUUUAAAAAUAUAUUUUCUCGGCCCCCCUUUCCAAACUCUAUGCUCCUGAGUUUGCCCUCUUCCCUUUCCCCCUUCUUCUCCCCUCUCCCUGACUUCUUCCCCACGUCUCUCAAAACCUUUUAUCAGAAAGGCAGGCCUCAACCAGCCACCCAACUUUUUGUUUUUCUAUUCACAUACCUAUUUCUUCUUCCCACCAUUCAUGGGAAAGCUGGCCGUGGUUUUUGUUGUUUCCUUCUGUCCUCACCAACACAACAGAUAGAAUUUAAAUAUAUGUAUAUGGUGUGUGCAUAUAUGUGUAUGUAUAUGUAUGUGCAUACGUAUACGUACACAUACAUACAAUAUGUAUUCCUAGCAAAAUCAAAUCUCUAAGGUACUUGGUUAUCCGGCGCAGUGCACUGGAAAAAAGAGAAUUUGUAGGCAUAUACAGCUUUAAAUGAUUUAUUUUUUAUGAAAAUAUUAACUGAUGAAAUUAUAUCUACAUAUGUUUGUAUGUAUGUGUGAAUAUAUAUAUAUACACGUACAUACAUAUAUAUGUGUGUAUAUAUGCAUACACAUGUCUGUCCAAAUUUUCCUCUAAGAUACAUGGGGAAUCUUGCAUUAAUCCAUGUUGAAGAAUGAGACACAUCUUUUCCAUACCCCAGUUUCACCUUCUCCCUGUCCUACCUCACCUCUUCUCAGGCGCCCCCUCUUCCCCCAGCUGUCCUGCCCAGCCCUGCCUCACACAGGGUGGCCCUUUUGAAGUGGAGAAGUAGGGAAGGGUGCUCUCUGACACAGCUCCCAGCAGUCUUGACUGAAUGUACUGUUCCCUAUUAGCGUUAUUUCUCCUGUGGCCAGUAAGCUGCCCAGAGAGAAGGAACAAAGGUCUGGAGUUUACAGAAUGUCUGUUUUUAAAGUCACUUUAUGCGUUUCCCACUUUUUUUUUUUUUUUUUAAUAAAAAAGCACCGUUUUUGGUGGUGGAUAAUAAUACUAACAGGACUUUAGUGAAAGGGGAGAAAAACUCAAAGAACAGGGGAUUGUGAAUUUCCAGGUACUUGGGCUUUUUGUAGAAGGAGAAAGAAGAUGAAGUUUGCCAGGAGGGCCCAUAUUUUUUCAGCUGAAGGGUAAAAUCUUUCUUUGCAGAGACAGUAUUUUGCUGAAUACUUUUUAUAAUGUGAUGAUUAUUAAAAAAAAAUUUUGGUCACUUCAAAGCUGGAAGGAGGAAUCAGAUAUCCUUUAAUAUUUUUUCCUUGCUCCUCCUGGGAUAUGCAUGUCACUGCAUGAUAACUCUUGAGUUUUCCUUUGUUUUAAUAAAACUGUUCUCAGACAUUUAAGCUAAACUAAGAGAAAAAUAACUUUGUUGCCAAAAGGUUGUGCUAUCCAGAUUUUUUAUAUGUCUGCAUGUUUUAAAACCAACGAAAGAAAAUGCACUCUAACUUAUGUGAACUGAGAGAAAAAAAAUCAGGUUUUAAACAGGAAAACCUAUGGGGAAUGAUAUUUUUUGAAAGACUUUUGUACAAAGUUGAGUACUUAGAAAAAGACAAACCAGAUGUAAUAUAUUUUGUGGAUGUUUUUAUUUCUUGGAUUUAUAGUACCUUAUACUAAGGUUAAAAAAAUGCUUGAUAUUGUGAAAAGGUGAGAUUCUUCACCAACAUUUCAUUUGCUCCUUUGUCACAUUGUUAUGCCAAUAUAAUAUAGUUAAUGAAAACAGCAUUUUUAAAAACCGAAAUAUUGAAAUGGUGUAAUGUUGUACCAUUUGCACUGUGAGCAAAUGCCAAUACAGUAAAUAUAUUGUGUUUGCUGACAAUCAGCCGGCCUUUAAAUCUCCUUAUUUUAUUUCUUGUUUUCAUAGCAUAAAGUUUUGGUUUGGCCUGUU